GUUCCACCUUCCAUUUCACGAGUCGUGAUUCCACCUUACACGGCGCGUGAGGCCUAUCGUGUGGUCUCCCAUCCAGACCUCAACUUGUCCUCACAAGCUACGCGCAUCGACCUGAGCGCAAGACCGAACCUCACGAACCCUGUCACGAUUCCAGCUCUCUCUAUCUGCCGCCUUCGCUUCUGAGGACGGUAUUCAGCCAUUCAAGGUAUUCGACGAUCCAUCUUUGGAUCUGCCUCCUUGCUUGAACAGCCGGGUCGACGUCCCAAACAUCGGUCCUCGAGAUCGAACAGUCAUCACAAACCCAAAAUGCGUUCCUCGGCUGUCACCAAAUGCAGCUUUGGGAGUCCCUCUCUCUCGAUUUGGCUUGCAUUCUUUAUCGCUUUGCUAUGCUGCUUGUUCAUCGGCACAAGUACCGCACACAUGAUCGAAUUGCAGCCGAGUCACAGAGAAUGCUUCUUUGAGGAUUUGAAUCCUGGAGAUCAGAUGACUUUGACCUAUCAAGUAGGCGGGGGAGGUCACCUGGAUAUCGAUACCUGGCUGCAAGAUCCAGCCGGGAACAAGCUCUUCGCUCUCGACAGAAAGGACACUGGCACAUACAGCUUCACAGCUCAAAAUUCUGGCAAAUAUACGUACUGUUUCAGUAAUGAUUUCAGUACUGUCAGCGACAAGACCGUCUCCUUCAAUGUGCACGGCAUCAUCUACGUACCAGACGACGGCGAGAUGCUGCCGAUCGAACGCGAGAUCAGGGACUUGGCAGCAGCGUUGCAGCAAGUAAAGGACGAGCAAGAGUACCUCGUUAUUCGCGAACGAGUGCACAGGAACACCGCCGAAUCGACAAAUUCUAGGGUGAAGUGGUGGAGCAUCUUGCAGGGCAUCAUGCUCAUUGGCGUUUGUGGCAUUCAAGUCUUCUUCGUCAAGAGACAAUUCGAAGUCCGAGGUAGCACUGCCAGAAGCGCCUUCUGAUGCGAGCGCUCUGCGAACCGAAAUGGUACACAGGAUGCAAAUUGAGCGUGACAAUGCUUGGCGUGUCUAUUCCCAGGACAGAGGGUAUCGACUGUGCGAGAAGUAUUGUGGAGAUCCAGCGGCGUGACUGCACGUGGAGCAAGCUUCCAAGCAUCGGUGUCCACAUGAUAAAGGGCACCUUGCUGAUUAUUGGCUCUCACUAGCGCUUUUAAGCCUCUCCUCUCUGAGCCUCUUCCUCCUCUCCUUGGGCAGCUCUUCCAGAUCUUCGUGUCGAAGUCUAUCCUUGCCCCACUCUCUCAUACCCCAAGCGUGCUG